CAUCGUUUGAGGAGCUCGCUCAGCCUCUCUCUGACAGACAGCGUGGAAACAUGGUGCUCGACUUGGACCGGUUUCGGACGGACAAAGGCGGCGACCCCGAAGCCGUCCGCGAGAUCCAAAGGAAGCGGUUUAAGGACGUGACACUCGUGGACAAGCUGGUCGCCGCAGAUUCCGAGUGGAGAAAAUGCCGCUUCACUGCAGACAACCUCAACAAAGCAAAGAACCUUUGCAGCAAGAGCAUUGGGGAGAAAAUGAAGAAGAAGGAACCGGUUGGGGAGGACGAGUCCGUACCCGAAGAAGCGCAGAACCUGGAGUCCCUGACAGCGGAAACACUUUCGGCCCUGACAGUAACCCAGAUCAAGAAGGUGCGUUUGUUGGUGGACGAGGCAUUGGAGAAAACGGACAGCGAGAGGAUAAGGCUGGAGGCGGAGCGCUUUGAGUACCUGCGGGAGAUCGGCAAUGUCCUGCACCCGUCUGUGCCCAUCAGCAACGACGAGGAUGCAGACAACAAGGUGGAGCGCACCUGGGGCGACUGCACUGUGCAGAAGAAGUACUCCCAUGUCGACCUAGUGGUCAUGAUCGAUGGCUUUGAUGGGGAGAGGGGAGCCGUGGUGGCCGGGAGCAGAGGUUACUUUUUGAAGGGGCCGCUGGUUUUCCUGGAGCAGGCUCUCAUCAACUACGCCUUAAGGCUCCUGUACAGCAAGAAUUACACCAUGCUCUACACGCCCUUCUUCAUGAGGAAAGAGGUCAUGCAGGAAGUCGCCCAGCUCAGCCAGUUCGACGACGAGCUUUACAAGGUCAUCGGUAAAGGCAGCGAGAAGUCGGACGACAACUCCAUCGACGAGAAGUACCUCAUCGCCACCUCUGAACAGCCCAUCGCCGCCUUCCUGAGGGAGGAGUGGCUCAAACCCGAGGACCUGCCCAUCCGCUACGCCGGCUUCUCCACCUGCUUCAGACAGGAAGUGGGCUCUCACGGCCGAGACACCCGCGGCAUCUUCAGGGUGCACCAGUUCGAAAAGAUCGAGCAGUUUGUCUAUUCCUCCCCACACGAUGGCAAAUCCUGGGAGAUGUUUGAUGAGAUGAUCGGGACGGCAGAAGAGUUCUACCAGACACUGGGAAUUCCUUAUCGCAUUGUCAACAUUGUCUCUGGUGCCCUGAAUCACGCAGCCAGUAAGAAGCUGGACCUGGAGGCCUGGUUCCCCGGCUCCGGUGCAUAUAGAGAGCUGGUCUCCUGCUCGAACUGCACCGACUACCAGGCCCGCCGCCUCCGCAUCCGCUAUGGACAGACCAAAAAGAUGAUGGACAAGGCAGAGUAUGUGCACAUGUUGAACGCCACCAUGUGCGCCACCACCCGCGUGAUGUGCGCCAUCCUGGAGAACUACCAAACCGAGGAAGGCAUCGUCAUUCCGGAGAAGCUCAGGGAUUUCAUGCCUCCUGGUUUGACAGAGAUCAUCAAGUUUGUCAAGCCCGCUCCGAUCGAUCAGGAGGUGGCUAAAAAAGCAAAGAAGCAGCAGGAAGGAGGGGGGAAGAAGAAGAAGCAGGGAGGAGGAAACCAGAACCUGCCUAUCGCCAUGGAGAGCAUGUCCGUCAACGAAUCGUAGGCUCCAGCGCAACACCACAGUGACGCUCACCUCCCGCACAGAUAGGAACUGAUGGACUAGCGCCCCGGGUUCUGGGGUCAGCGAUGCCAUUUCUCCUAAACUGAAAUGGUUAUGGUUGGAAAAUGGAGACUACGUCUUUCAUGUUUUACUGAAGUCCCGGCUCUAUCCAAUCUGUGUCUAUCUGUCAGGAUGGUGUUCUGGUCAUCUCCGCUGUGUCGCCCCCUCAUUCUCAUAAAGCACACCGAAGAAAGGUCACUCUGUGCUCUCACCUAUUCACAGUCCACGUCAGAGUCCGCUGACCCCCUUUCGUGUCACAUUUCCCACGUCUGCAGCAAACACGGAAACCUAAAUCAAACUGAUAAAACUACUUGGAGCCAUCUGAGCGGACAGAGCAUGUUGAUGUGCUCAGGUGCAGCACUGACAUUUGUCCACAAGUCCACAGCAGUCGGUCGAUUCUGCGACUGGUGUGGCGUGAAGGUGCACGGCUUUGUCGGGAUCUAAUGUUGUUUGGUUUCUAUGUAAUGUUUGGUAGUUGGUACAACGGCUCAAUUGCUGUCUCGAAUCUGGAGUCUUCUGCUUUUGUUGAGACAAAAAACAUCAUCUCUUCUGUCGUGACUUCAUGUCUGAAGUGACUCUAAAUUCUUGACUAAAAUGUAAAUCAUUGGGAGAAAAAAAAGAAAAGAAAAAACGACCAGGUGUUUUAACUGUCUGCUUUAGGAUUGCCUUCAUCGCGUCUCUGACCACAAUCAUCAUUUUCGACCAUUGUUGCUUGAUGUCACUGUCGACCAUAAUGCUGCUCACCAGCAUAUGGUUGAGACACUGACAUUGUAUUGACUUGCUAAUCUAAAGACGUAUCUACGAUUGAGCAUUGAUGAAGUGGCACUCACUGUAAACGAAUAAAUACAGGUGACAUGGAA